AUGGAUGUGGCUGCAAGUUUCCUCGAGGAGCGGGGACCUGUCCUUGCAUCCGUUGCUGUUAUCGUUACCUCAGUAUUCCUCGCUACGGUGCUUCUUGGAGGUGGUAACAGUAAAUUACCGCUGGUGGGAUUGGAGUAUGGAAGUGCAUCAAAGCGAAGACAGGCGUUCGUGACGCGGGGCUUGGAAUUCUACAAAAAGGGUUACGACUUAUUCAAAUCUACUACGGCAUUUAGGGUGACUACUCUCGAUGGCGACCGUAUUGUCCUACCUCGACGGCUCAUGGAGGAAGUGAGGCAUCUACCGGAUGAUGUUAUAAGCCUCGACAAAGCUUUCGAUGUUACGAACGAACACCACCGCCUCGGUAUUGGUAGACCACAAGUAUCAAGUCUAGUCAUGAACGUUGUUCGAGGUGACCUUACCCGUAGUCUAGUACGUAUCAACCCCCGACUUUCCGCGGAGACGGAACGUACUAUUCGCGAGGAACUACCGCCAUGUGAGGACUGGACAUCCGUGGUGGUUUAUCAGACAGUUUUGCGCAUGGUUGCUACCAUCUCUGGUGCUCUAUUCAUUGGACCUGAGUUAUGUCGUUCGGAUGAAUACUUGCAGGCUAGUAUCGGAUACACGUUAGACUAUGUCAAUGGCAUCCAGGGGCUCAAGAAGUGGAACCAGUGGUUGCGAUGGGUUGGCCGAUACUUCACUCCCGAAGUCACUAAGCUGUUUGAAGAUCGCAAGAAGGCGCACGCUUUCCUACAGCCCGUUCUCGAAAAACGCCGUGCGGCUAUGAAUGCAGGCGAGGAAGUUUCCGACGAUGCUUUGCAAUGGAUGAUGAAGAAGGCCGAUGAGAUGGGCUUUACCGACGAAGUAAUCGCCGAAGCGCAGCUAAACCUCAGCAUGGCCGCCAUCCACACUACGUCCCUCACGGUUACAAUGAUCCUUUACGACCUUGUAGUUAGACCUCAUAUAAUCGAUGAGCUACGAGAGGAGAUUAAGACUGUUCUUGCUCGCCACGACGGUGUCACAACAAGCCACGCUCUUUUCGAGAUGAAGCUGCUUGACAGUGUCAUGAAGGAGUCGCAGCGAAUGAACCCUGCUAACCUGGUCCGAUUUACGCGAUAUGUCCAAAAACCCGUUACUCUUAGCGACGGCACUCACCUACCCGCCGGUUACUUGAUCGAGGCGCCGCACGCGUUAGCUGUAAUGGAUCCCGAGUUAUACCACAAUCCGGAGGAAUUUGACGCUCAUCGAUUCUUGAACCUACGAAAUGGCACGACCGAGGACACUCUAGGAUACAAGAAUAAGGAGCAAUACCAGUUCGUAACAGUGACGAAGGACUUUAUGCAUUUCGGAUACGGCCGCCAUUCAUGCCCUGGCCGUUUCUUCGCCGCCAACGAGAUUAAGCUGAUCCUCGCGCGCAUCCUUCUCGAGUACGACCUUAAGAUGCCCGAGGGCCUUACCGAGCGUUAUGCCAACAUCAAUAUGGGCACUGACGUUCUUCCCGACCCGACGAAGGAGGUGCUAUUCAAGAGGGUUAAGACAACCGUGUAA